UUAAAGACCCAAUCUUGGGCUGGAGCGAGCGCGCCUGCGCGCUGGGCAGCCUUUUCUAAAGUUCACGUGUCUCGAAAACCGGACUGCAGGUCUCUCCUUGCGGCCGAGGCGCGAGAGCAGAGUACGAACUGCUGCUGCCGGAGUCAUGGCAGGACAGGCAUUUAGAAAGUUUCUCCCCCUCUUUGACCGAGUAUUAGUUGAAAGGAGUGCUGCAGAAACUGUAACCAAGGGAAGCAUUAUGCUUCCAGAAAAAUCUCAAGGAAAAGUAUUGCAAGCAACAGUAGUAGCUGUUGGAUCCGGCUCUAAAGGAAAGGGCGGAGAGAUUCAACCAGUUAGCGUGAAAGUUGGAGAUAAAGUUCUUCUUCCAGAAUAUGGAGGCACCAAAGUAGUUAUAGAUGACAAGGAUUAUUUCUUGUUUAGAGAUGGUGACAUUCUAGGAAAGUAUGUAGACUGAAAUAAAUCACUACUGACAUGGCAUCACGUGAAGCUGCCCAUUCCACUGAAGUUCUGAAAUCUCAUCAUGUAAAUAAUUUCCAUGUCUCUUUUGUAAUAAACUAAUGAUAUCCAAAAAAAAAAAAAAAGACCCAAUCUUAUAUUA